AUGCGCUUCCAGUUCUUCCGGGAUCUCAUUGAGGAGAAGCGCGAGUGGCUUGGGAAGUCCACAGCCCGCGGCAAAGGGAGGAAAAACAUGUACGACGUGUGCCCGGAGGUGAUCAUCGAGAGGACGACCUGCGAGGAGCAGAUCCUGGUUCUCUCGGAGGCAGACGCGGGGAAAAUCGCGAGGUCCCUCGCGGAGCCCAGCAGCGACCAGAGCAUCUUCCUGCCAGACUCCCUGCAGUGUCGAUCCGGUGUACACCUCGGCGGCAUGAAUGUGGACGGACUAGCGAUUCAAGGCAUCUUGUGUGAUGGUGGUGGCCAGCGCAGGGAGUACUGGGCGGCACGCGCCGAUCGGCAGAACCGCUGGAUGACGACUACCGAACAUGGCCGGCUGGACAAGGGCCCUCCAGAGAUCCCGGCCCACCUCCAAAGCUGCGGGAAGCUGGGCGAGAAGUCUGCACGGCGGGAGAAGGACCUCCUGAAGCAGCCGGGCACGGUCGUCGUGCUUCGCCGAGGAGUGCCGUACGCCCAGUUGGAGAAGCCGGGAGAGCUGGGCCUGCUCACCAGCUUCGUUUCGCACGCUUGGGGCGAGGAGACCCUCGAGUUCGCCCACACGCUGCAACUGCACGCCAAGAGUGUGUACCCCUCGAACCCAGGUGCCCUGGUCUACUACAUUUGCACGUUUUGCAACAGCCAACAUAGCGUAGACUUGGGCGGCAACGACUGGCGCCAGUCCCCUUUCAACCUCGCCUUGGAGCACGUGGCAAGCUGUUGUCGCCAGAAGUGUGGGCCGAUGUACCGGGCGGUAAUGCUGCUUGACAGGUCUUGCAGCACGUUGAAGCGGAAGUGGUGCAUUUUCGAAGUCUUCCGCUGCCAAAGUCUCGACCUGGAGCUAGACCUGUAUUGCAGGGACGGUGAGCUCACUCGGGCGAGCGAGUCGCAGCACGCAAAGGAAAUCUUGCAGGAGGUCAUGGACGUGGACAUGACGACCGCCGAAUGUUCCGAAAAGCAGGAUGAGAGGACGAUCGACGGUGCCAUCGUUGAUCAUCCGGCUGGCUGGACUGGCGUCGUGUCCAAGGUGAAGAUGCAGGUCAUGGGCCACCUUUCCUUUGUGGCCCACAUGGCCAUGACCCGCGACGCCUUCUCAGGCCAGCAGAUCGAGCCGGAGCAGGGCAUUGAGCUGGAGGGCUCUGCGGGCAAGGUGAGCCUCUCGGAGCUCAUCGACGGCUGCAUGCAGGCGUGUCUGUCCGCAUGCUUGCAGUCUGCUGCCGAGCAGCAGCAUGUCGCGGAAGAUGAGAAUCCCGCCAAGGCUCAGCUGAAGCGGGUUCUCAUCACUGGCCAAGGAGGCACGGGCAAGACCGUUAUCACCAGGGAGAUCGUUCGGGCAGCCGUGAAGCUGGCCCGUGAGAAGGCACUGCGCCUGGUCCCGCUGAGAGUCCCCCUGGCCGAGCUCGCUCGGUGUGCGAAGGAAGAAGGCGACAUGCUGCAAGCGUGGGCCGCACAGGCUUUUGGCAAAGACGGUCAGGAGCUUUUCCAAGGUGGGAGGCAGCUGCUGCUGCUUCUGGACGGCCUGGACGAAGCGGGAACGGGGAGGCGGCGCAUCAUCAGCUGGCUCGACGGCUGGCUACGGGUGGUCGACGAGGAGGGCAAAGCGAGGGAGCCCUCGAAGUCGGCCGUUCUGCACGUUUCCCAGGAGUGCCUCAUCACACAGGACAGCUUCCCACAAGGAUCUCCGGUUCUACUUACCGACAAGCGUGACGUCGUGGUUGGCCACGGCAAAGUGCACUUCUGCGAGCAGGCGCUUCCGGCAGGCAGGAUGCUGAGGUAA